GUGGUUUCCUCCGUCACGUGACGGGGAGUGACCUCGCCGCCCGGCGCCAAGGGGGCCUCGGACCCGGAAGUGGCGCUCGGGGCUCGCGGCGGAGCCGCGGGGAUGGCGGGAGCGGGAGCUGGAGCUGGUGCUCGCGGCGGAGCGGCGGCGGGAGUCGAGGCCCGAGCUCGCGAUCCGCCUCCUGCGCACCGUGCACAUCCACGCCACCCUCGGCCGGCGGCGCAGCCCUCGGCCCGCAGGAUGGACAGCGCGUCCGGUGGUCUGGGCUCCGGGGACAACGCCCCGACUACUGAGGCUCUUUUCGUGGCCCUGGGCGCGGGUGUGACGGCGCUCAGCCAUCCGCUGCUCUACGUGAAGCUGCUCAUCCAGGUGGGUCAUGAGCCAAUGCCCCCCACCCUUGGGACCAAUGUGCUGGGGAGGAAGGUCCUCUAUCUGCCGAGUUUCUUCACCUACGCCAAGUACAUUGUGCAAGUGGAUGGUAAAAUAGGGCUUUUCCGAGGCUUAAGCCCCCGACUGAUGUCCAACGCCCUCUCCACUGUGACCCGGGGCAGUAUGAAGAAGGUUUUUCCUCCAGAUGAGAUUGAGCAGGUUUCCAACAAGGAUGAUAUGAAGACUUCUCUGAAGAAAGUAGUGAAGGAGACCUCCUAUGAGAUGAUGAUGCAGUGUGUGUCCCGCAUGCUGGCCCAUCCCCUGCAUGUUAUCUCAAUGCGCUGCAUGGUCCAGUUUGUGGGAAGGGAGGCUAAAUAUAGUGGUGUGCUGAGCUCCAUUGGGAAGAUUUUCAAAGAGGAGGGUCUGCUGGGAUUCUUCGUCGGCUUAAUCCCUCACCUCCUGGGCGAUGUGGUUUUCUUAUGGGGCUGUAACCUGCUGGCCCACUUCAUCAAUGCCUACCUGGUGGAUGACAGCGUGAGUGACACCCCAGGGGGGCUGGGAAACGACCAGAAUCCAGGUUCCCAGUUCAGCCAGGCUCUUGCCAUCCGGAGCUACACCAAGUUUGUGAUGGGGAUCGCAGUGAGUAUGCUGACUUAUCCCUUCCUGCUGGUCGGUGAUCUCAUGGCUGUGAACAACUGUGGGCUGCAGGCUGGGCUCCCCCCUUACUCCCCAGUGUUCAAAUCCUGGAUUCACUGCUGGAAGUACCUGAGUAUGCAGGGCCAGCUUUUCCGAGGCUCCAGCCUGCUUUUCCGCCGAGUGUCAUCAGGAUCAUGCUUUGCCCUGGAGUAACCUGAAUCAUCUAACAAAAAAUAUGCUGUGUCAACCUGGAUGAGGCCUGAUACCUUGGGUCACCUGCAAGACAACCAAUCCAGCAACACGUAGAUGUGCUCCAGCCCACCUGGGCUUUGGUUUCCAUAUUUGCCAUGUGUCUAUCCAGAUAUGGCAUUGGGCUGUGGUGAGGCUAUGCCCAGUGGAAUGGGCCACCUGUCAGACUGGGGAAUGUGGGGUGAGGGUGGGGAAUUAGGGCAGAAUCCUCUUACUUCCCAGAUUUGCUGAGUCUGCUUUAUGCAGGGGUCCAAAGAAUGGGUUGUGGGGAGGCCCAGGUUGGAUGGGGAAAGGCUAAUGAGUCAGAUCCUACCCCACACCCCACCCCUUGAGGCAGUGUAGCUCCCAUCCUGCAGCUCAGCUGGGAGCAUCACUCUCCUGCUUUGUAAAUAGGACAUGGUUCCCCCCGUCAUGAGGCCACCAUCAUGUCUAGGCCUGCACCGGAAGGCUAAUGCUAGAUUCUGCCUUCGUUUUUUUCAACACUACAUUUCUGAUAGGAGGGCAGCACUUUCUUCGGAAUGGGAAAUCAUGUGACUACUCAGAAUGUGUCUCCCUCAUCUAAUGCUCUUCUGUUUAAUGGUGAUGCCUCAUGUGCAGGAUCUGGUUACCUGUGCAUUCGUGAAUACUGAGAGGUUAGGUGAUCAGUGUCUCUAGUCCUGCCCAGUUUAAAAGUUCAUGGUAAGAUUUGACCCUGUCUCCCUCAAAUAAACGUAUCGGUGGUGAUUUGGAAA